UGCGGCCGUUGGGACUUCUCUGCUAAAGCGGCUGCAAGACCAUGAGGGUGACCGAGUGGCGACAUACCGGGAGCUGGAGAGCGUCUUGCAGGGAGGCGACGGCUGUUUGACGAGCGGUGUUGUGAACCGCCUGAUAGCAGAGGCGUCCAGUGACGUGCGAGCAGCCCAGGCUGUGACAGAUGACGUGAAGAUGGCCGCUAGUGACGUCCUGGUGGCUCUGGCCCGCUCCCACUUCCACUUUGUCAUGUCUGAGCUCCAGAGCCACCUGAAGGCCAUGGGGAAGGUCCCUGAUGAGAUUGUGCUCCUCACCUUGGGCAAAAUGGCCCGCAGCUACGCCCUGCGGUGCAUCCCCUUUGUGGGAAUGACGCUGCUUGCCUUGCGCGCCAUGCUGAGCCGGGUGGGGAGUGGCCGGAUCCUGCGUGCCGUCUGCAGUGUUCUGGAGCAAUGGGCAAAAGGAGUCAAUACGUACUUCUGCAACCGGGAGCAAUGCCCCUUCCCUCGCAAAGGGGUAGCAGAGUUCUGUGAAGCCAUUUACCCGGUCUUCUGCUAUGCGGUGGUAAAUUGGCUGGAGUGCAAGGAGGAAGAGGACAAGCAGGCUGUCCUUGGGGCGGUGGCUGCCAUGAUGGCAGUCCUUCUGCAUGAGGAGCAGCACCGAGAGCACGCCUGGGAGCAUCUCCUCUGGCUCCUGCAGCAAUAUCAGGAGGUCCGAGACACCUCCCGGGUCACCAAGAGCCUCAGCUAUGUCCUGGAGAUGCUGGAGGGAGUUCAGAUCCCAAUCCCACAGGGCACGCUCUUGCCGUCAGCACCGCUGUGCACCGCCAGCGUGCCCAGGGAGAGGAGAACGGAGAGCACCGUUUCUUUUCCAUCCCUCUCAACACUGAUGCAACUUUCUCUAAAACGGACCUUGUUCCCACAGCUCUCUGAUGUGACCAAGGAGCCUGGCCCAGCCCAUAAGGCAGUGCUGUCCCGCUGCAUCGUGCUGCAGGGUAAAACCUGCCCCGAAGAGACAGUCGUGUUUCUGCACUCCCAGCUGAGCGGUGGGAGCGGCGGUCGUGUGGCAGCCCUGGGUCUGCUGGGAGCUGCUGCACCUGCGAUGAGAGAGAAGCUGCCCCAGGUGGUGGAGGCCGUGCGCUCGGUGUGCAACGACCCCAGGGCCCAGGUGCGGAGGGCAGUUCUGGAGUUCAUCAGGGAGCUGCUCAGGUCUGGCUCCCAGAGCUGCUGGGCAUGGGAUGUGGUGGGGCACAUCUUCAUCGAGUUCGGCCGGACCUCGGGCAGAAUGGUGGCAGGAGGCCUUUUUGCCUGGGAAGCCCAGGAGGAUGGAGCUCUUCGAGCCCUGUGCAUGGACAUCCUGGGCUCGCUGGAUGUCUCUCUGAGAGGGAUGACCAAACUCCUGUGGCCGAGGCUGCUGCAGUAUGUGGUGCCAGCGCAGUACAGCAGCAUGCUGAUCCCGCUCUCCCGCUGUCUCCGAGCCCUGGUUGAGACACGGGAGAGAGCAGGGUGCAAGGAAGAAGAGGAGGAGCCCGAUGCCACGGACUCCCAGGAGCGAGCCCGGCUGCCGGCUCCCCAGGCCCUGUUGGCUCGACUGCUGGUGGUGGUGGCGGCUCCUUACGCGAGUGGCGAACGUGCAGUCGCUGCCUUGCAGCUGCUGCAGGCCCUGCACGGCAGGAUCCACAGAGCCUUGGGGGCGGCAUGGGCGACCGAGGUCCCCUUCCUGCUGCAGUACCUGGAAGGAAGAACCGAGAGCUCCCUGGACUCUGCAGAGUGGGAGCACCGUGUGCUUAAGUUCCUGCGGGCGUCGCUGGAGCCCAUCGAGGACAAGACCUGGACCGUAGGCCUGAGCCAGGAGCUGAGCCAGCAGCUGGGCAGCUCUGCUGCCGGCUCCUGGGAGAAGCUUUUCCUGUACAAGGCUCUUGGGAUGGCCCUGGCAGCUUGUCGGGACCUGAGACAUGUCCAAGGGCAGGUGCUGAGCUUCCUCCAGGAGACAAACCCUGUGGAGCUGUCGGAGGCCCAGGGAAUGAUUUCUGUUGUGUCCCACGCUGCCGAGAGCCACUUCCACCUGGUCCUGGACACGGUGACUAUGUUCUCUGCCGCCUUCACCAGAGGCUGGGUCUAUCAGACUUCCACGGGCUGGAAGGUACGGCGGUGGCAGAAGACAGAGAGAGCCCAGGCCGUUCGCACUGCUCUCAUGCGCACCUACAGCGGCAUUGCGCUGCAUGCACCCAAGGAGCAGGUGCUGAGCCGUGUGGAUAAAGAAAUCAUGGGCAACAUCCUGCGGCUCUCCAGAGCUAAACAGAGGGACUUGCAGCUCAAGCUCGCCCUGGUGCAGAGCAUCACCGAGGUCAGCUGUGCCAUCCAGGCUGUGGGCGACUGCGGCAGCUUUGAGCUCUCCUUAAAGCAGGAGGCGACGCGGACCCUGCUGGACUGGAUAAAGGGGGAGCCCUGGGACUCCCUGGUGUAUGGAGUGUUCCAGGCCCUGGAGGAGUUGAGCAAGCUGAGGCCACCUCUGAGCAGGGAGGAAAAUCGCAAGCUGCUGGCAGUCUGCUGCCAGAGCGUCUUGUCCUACCCUUCCGAGGAGCGGCUGAAAAAGGGAAGGAAGACAGUGAGGGCAGCUGUGAACAUGCAGCUUCUGCACAGGAGAGGCAUGGAAGAUCUGGGCCAGCUCAUAGAAAAACUUCUGGAGGCAGAGGCGACCUCUGCCUGCUUUGACGACGUGGUCCACGUCCUGAAGGGCUGGCUCACCUCAGCCAAAGCAUGGGAGCGGGAGAGAGCCCUGCGGGUCUGCGUGCAUGUGCUGGGCGCUUGCAAGGAGCGAUCUGAGCUCACGAGAGGACGUCCUUGCAAGCAGUUCGGCUCCCUGGUGGGACUGCUGGUGUCUCUGACCAGCGACUGCCUGGCCACGUCCCACCAGAGGGCAUGGGUCUGCCUUGGCUACCUUCUCCAAAUGCAAGCCAAGACCAUGAAGGUGGUGCCACAGGCAGAUGAGAUCAGGUGCCUUUGUGAGGAGCUGAACAGCCCAGACACCGAGACUCUGGGGGAGACCGGUACCAAAAUAGCAAAGGCUGUUUGCAAAUGCAUCCCUCCAGCACAGGCUACGGACUUUCUGACUGCCGUCCUGGACAGCUUGCUGCGUGUCACACCCACACGUGCAAGAGCAGUGCGGAAGUGGGUGUUCAUCUUCCUGGUGGAAUGCAGACAGGAAAUACUCCAGGAGGUGCCAAAAAUCCUGAACACCCUUUACACCUACAUGCAGCAGAGCACCCACAGGCCCUUCCUGCUCCGUGCGGUGUUUCUCCUCGCCCACUUUCACCAGGAGCCCGUGAUCAGCAGUCUCCUCCAGAAAGGUCUGCCCAUGGACAGUGACACGGUGGAGCUGUGGAGGAGCUUGGGGAAAAGCAUCUUUGGGAUUCAGAUCCUGAGGUGCUUAGUGGAGAAACUAAACAGAGCAGGAAACAACCGCCUGGGGACUGACUCCUCCGCUUUGAGCAGCUCAACCGUCAGACUGCUCUGGAGACUCUGA